AAAUAUGGCUAACAAAAUACUCCUGGUUAAAAUAUGAUGAUGAAAGGGGGAUAAUGUUCUGUGCAUUGUGUCGUAAACAUAAUGUGGAUCUGGGGGAAAACAUACAUAAUUUUUAUUCUGGCACUGAUGACUUCAAGCUUGAAUUUAUAAAUAUACACCAGAGUAGUGAAGCUCAUGCCUGGGCUACCUGCAUGGAAGCUGCCAGCACUGCUUCACCUGAUAUAGCUUCUGCUGAACAAAUGUUGAAGAGUAUGAAUGCUAUAACAUUAGGAAGAGUAGAAAAUAUUUUUAGAACAUGCCAUGCUAUCGCUAAAUCUGGACGCCCCUUUACAGAUCUUGACUGGAUGUGCAAACUAGAUGAUAUGAAAGGAGUAGAUAUUGGUUCUGUAUUUAGAAACAACAAGUCAGCAAAGAUGUUUAUACAUUUUAUUGCUGAAGUAGAAAGAAGGGCUUUAAAAGAGAAACUGGAGAAAUGUAAAUUCUUCUCUCUUAUUAGCGAUGGAGUCACAGAUAGUAUAUUCAAAACAGCUGCCGUUGUCUAUGUACGUUUUGCAAAUGAAGGAAAAGUUCAUUGCCAAAUUGUUGGGGUUCAACCUGUUCAUAAAACUGAUGCUUCAAGCAUGAAGAAUGCUAUUGAGCAAACAUUACAAAUAAAUCUUCAGCUUAAUCUGGCAAGCCAAGACUGGUCAAGAAAACUAGUUGGGUUUGGAAGUGAUGGGACAGAUGUCAUGGUAGGAGAAAAGAAUGGUGUAGCUAAACUUCUGAGAAAAAUUCAACCUUGUGUGCAAUCUGUACAUUGUUUUGCUCACCGACUUAAACUGGCUUAUAAAGGAGCAUUGAAAAAUAUUCAGCUAUAUAACAUCUUAAGCAGAGUCUUGAAAAAUAUGUAUUAUUUUUAUCAUACCUCACCUCUAAAUAAGAACAAUCUCAAAGCCACAUAUGAAGCCAUUAAUUUACGUCCAGCUAUUCCUUCUCGCAUUGGAGGCUCCCAAUGGCUCCCUCGCCUGCAAACAGCACUCCAAAUUCUCCUUAAAGGUUAUCCUGCAAUUAUUCUACAUCUAAGUAAGAUUGAAAGAGAUCCAAGAGCCUCAAAUCAGCAAAAAGUCAAAUGCCUUUUACAGGUUCUUCUGAAAAUGAAGAUAGUCAAAUUCUCUCACUUCCUGCUGGAUGUCAUUAAUGUCCUCAACAUUCUGUUACGAGUUACUCUGGAUCACAGUUCUUCCAUUGCAGAUAUAUUUGCAACUGUGCAGUCAACCCUGGAAACACUUCACAUGUAUCAAGCAAGAGCUGGUCCAAAGGAACGCUUGAUGGAGACUAUUCCACACUUUCAUGGUUACCAACUUGUCGGAAAUGGAAAUAUAUUAUCAGUACGAACUAAAGUCCUAAGUAAUUUGAUGAAGAGGUUGCGUGACUGUUUUUGCGAUGCAAGUCAAGAAGUUUUGAGAGCAACUACUAUCGGAAGUUUUAAACAAUGGCCUGAAAAAAUUAGACAAGAAUUUGGUGAAAAGGAAGUGUCUGUCCUGACUAAACAUUAUGAAGUCAUGCUAGAGGCUGCCUCUGUGAAAACUGGUGAAGUUGAAAGCGAGUGGAGCAUGUUGAAAUUAGAGCUAUACAGCAGAUUUCAGAACAUCCAGUCCUUGACAUGGGAUUCAGUGAAUUCAGAUUAUUCAGUGAAGUAUCCCAACAUCCUGAGAUUGGUAGAUUUGAUCCUAACACUGCCUGCAAGUUCAGCUGAAACAGAGCGAGGCUUCAGCCAAAUGAAACUCACCAUGAUGCAUCUGCACUCCAAACUUGUGUCUGAAAGUGUGACAGAUCUUAUGAUAAUUCAGAUGAACUCUCCGGAUAUCAAAAGGUUUGACCCCAAGAAAGCUAUUCACCUGUGGAAUACUACUUGGCAGAGAAAGAGAAGACUACAGGAAGAUGAUGUGAAAAUAAAUGGAAAAUCAGAUUGCUCCUCUGAAUUUGAUUUGGAGAGUCACUGUGGAUGUGAUUAGAUG